AUGAGUAACAACGGUUACUGCAACAAAGAGGUCGCCAAAAAAUUAGGUGCAGUCGAACCUAAUAUUUUUUCAAAAAAUGGAAAUUUUGAAAAAAUUAACCGUGGUCAAAUCGACAUGACGACCACAAAAAAUUGUCGCUACGAAGACUUCCGUAGCGCAUUUGAAAGGGCUCGACCAGCCCAAUGCAUGAGUAACAACGGUUACUGCAACAAAGAGGUCAUAAGAAAAAUAGGGGCGGUUGGAAAAGAAAAAUGCUCAAAAAAUAAGGAAAAAGAGCAAAUUUCGCAGGCCGACAAAAAUGAUACACAUGGUUUCUACGCAGACUUCCGUAGCGCAUUUACACGGAAUGGACGAGUAGAAUUAGGCAAUAACAACGGUUAUUGUCAUAACGAAGCGACAAGAAAUAUAGAGAGGGGGAAAAAGCCGAAAACAUCAAAAAUUGAUGAAAAAAGGCAAAUUUCCAACAUUGCAGCUGGUCGAAAAAGUGAUCACUACGAAGAUCCGAGUAGUGCAUUUUCACGAAUUUCAAUAGACCAUUGCAAUGCUCAAAUAAAAAUUGGUCGCAAAAAAAUGGUUAGAAACUUGAGGUCAUCUGAAUCUCAAAAAAUUUCAAGGUUCCCAAGGCACCAUGGGGAAGGAAAAAAGGUGUCUCCUCCGGCUUUGAACCUGCAGUGGCCAGGACAGAAGCAGGUAGCGUCGGCAGUUGCGCCACAAAUUAGAAAAAUCGCGACACCGAAAAACAACAACACAAGCAUCCAACGGAACUGUAGGAAACACCUUAGGAAAGAAGGUGAUUGGUGGAUAGUAGAGGGCGGGCAAAGCCACAAGAAAGCCGCCCAUACCCCUCUCAAAACGAAACCGGUAAAUAAGGAGGGGAACCGGAAGAAGUACGGCAGACCACCGCGUGAGGUAGAAGGGAAAUGGCUUACCUCCCUCAUUGCGGCAACGACUGAGGCCGUAUUACGCCAACUGGGGAAAGGAAAAUCCCCAACAGCCCACACGAAGUCGAACCAGAGUAGAGUCCCGCUGCAGCACUCUGAGAAAACGGCUAAGGGCAUCAAACACGCGACGCCCCAACCAAAAAAGAAAGAACAUGAGCAGCGGAAAGAGCUCCCCCGUCGGCCCCCAACCAAGAGGAGCCACGGCGCUAACAAAGGGCAGGGAGCACCAGUAAGAGCCCCUACGAAGACACAAGGGAAGGGGGAAGAACAACCCCACACAAUGCGAACAUGGGCACAGGUGGCAGCACCGAGGAAACCAAAGGUGACAAGUAAACCACCCAUGGCUCAAAAAAAGGCACAGGGGGAAAAGAAAGGGGCAGCGGCCAACCCCUUCCACUGGGAGCUACAGGUGGAGCAGCUUCUCAAGGAUGCGGAACAGAUACGCGAAAGCAUGUACAUCCGCUUUCUCCACGUUCGGCAGAGUUGGUGGAGCACAUGCUUCAAGGCCCACAUGGAGUUCCACUGCCCAGUGUGUGGUUUCGCGCACCCGGAAGAAACCAUAACAGUAACACACUGCAGGCAGCAACACCCCCAGGAGGGCCGCCUGAUUCCCUACACCCUGACAACAACAGGGAAUCAGGUGCAGUUCGCAGGUCCCUCCUGCUCACUUUCGGCGGUGGUGGCUAUCCUCUCACAUAUGGAGGAAGAGAAAAAUUUCCACCCUAUUAUCCGCCGAAGCUACCAGUCCCCGAGCAAGGAGACUACCCAAACGCUCGUUCAGGCAUUGGGACUGGAGCUCCCCACAGCCCCCAUCACUGCGAUAGAAGCGCUGGCCCACCAUGACCAGAUGAUCCGCCAGCUGUUGGAGGCACCCGCAACGACGGCACGACAAUGCGGGCAUUGUGGGGUAAGUGAGCUAAUGGAAGGGCCUUCCAACCCCGGGGAAAAUUUGGGGAUAAUCUCCAUAAACCCCAACACAUGCGAGUCGAUCGAGCUGACGAAUCAGAUCCUCGCGAAGACAUAUACGACCUCCUGGACAGAUAUGGAGGUCGUAUGCACGGGGGAACGGAAGAAUAUGGCCCACCGGCCUACCCCGACGUUGAUCACCCACUCCAAGACGUUCGGGGAAAUGGUGGUCAUCGAUAUUGGAACGUGGGGGAACGAAGCGGUGGGUUUGAAACGCAUCCUCCACGAGAUCCUGUUACCCCACGGGAACGGCACGGCAACAUACAAACUCGUGGGCGCCGUGAUCGCACCAACACCGUUCCACGUGGUAGCGGCAAUACCUCAACAGACCAGGAAACGUCGCUGGGAUAUCCUGGAUGGUAUGGUCCGCCGCACCGUGAGCCAGAGCACUGUCGACCCAAAAACUGUGGUCAUGUGCGUGUACCGUCGUGAAGAAGAAGAAACAUACGACGUACUAGACGAGGAGGAGCAAGACGACGACCUCCUCGGUAUCCCCAACCCCACGCCACGGCGAUUGAUGAUAUCACAAGCCGGUCCACAGCAAAACUCAUGGGUGGACACACGGGGCAGGAGGGCAUACGGCUCACAGGAGGAACAGGAUGAGAGGACAUCGACAGAUCAGGUGAGUAUUUUCUCCCACGACGAAACACGGGAGUUAUCAUCACCACUGGAGUGUCCUAUCGUAGGAUGCACCGCGAGUUUCGUGGGCCCACGCAGAUGGGAGAAGGCCAAAUCCCAUAUAUACGGGUUCCACUCGCUGGAAGAGGUCCGCGAAAUCCCGAGGGGGGAGCUUAUAUGUAAGGGGAUAGUAAGAUGCGAGACUUGUGCCACGCUCCUCCCUACGUCGGACAGAGCGAAACAGGCACACGCCGACGAUUGCAGACCCUAUCUCCCGCGGAAAGAAAACAUCCGCCGAAAACGGGCCGCUGAAAGAGAAGCGACAGAGGCGAGCGCACAGCAAGGAAUAGCGCUACGCCUCGAGCGGCAGGGCCCGUACAUAACUCCCCGCGACAUAGAGGAGCCCACCAACACGACGACGGAAAGUUGGUGGAGGGAGAAGGUAGCUACGAAACGCUACCUUCACAGAAAGGAGUGGCCGCAGUGGCUUGACAUCUGCCGCACGGUCCUCCUCGGAUACUCCGCGUCAUCACAAGGCGAGCGGCACCAACGCCAAGUGAUGCUCCUUGAUCUGGUCCGGAAUCAUCUCCACACGCGCACAGCCAGGCGCGAGCAACAGCAGCAACGUGGAAAGGAUAACCAGGAAGAGGAGGACCGCCAGAAGGAGGAGGAGAAAUCCCUGGCGAAACGCGUGGAAACCCUGUGCCUCCUCAGUGCGACGGAGGGCAGCCCAGCUCCUCGCAGCCGAAAAGGCUCAACCGGUGGAGUACAGCCCCGAAAUGGCUCAAACAAUCGGGGAACUGUACCCGCAGGAGGAUAUCCAUGA